UAUCAGAAGGUUCUAGAAUGGGCCAUUGUGUUCGAUCCGCUGUGGAGUUAAGGCUGAUAUGCACGAUCCAGCUCAGGCAGAUGCAGCCUCUACAACCACAAGCUGGUCAUUUCAGGGCAGCGGGAAGCAAAAACAAGACAUCAGAAACGCAAAAUACCUUGUACUUAAUGAACUCAAGUCACAGAGACUAAAAGCCAUGCGCGCUCCCCUACUGUGCCUGGCAUAUGCGUGCAUGGUACUUGGACCCGCCUCCGCAGUGGAUCUGAGAAAGUGCCUGUCAGUGGGAAUGCAGUGCCACAGCCUUGCCGACUGCAUGAACACGCAGGAUGGAAACUUACGGUGCGUGUGCCACGUGGGUUACUACGGCAACGGGCUGCAGUGUGAGGACAUCGACGAGUGCGCGUUCGGCUUGCACAGCUGCCACCUGAAGGCACGCUGCAGCAACUCGCCGGGCAGCUACAGCUGCACAUGCCAGGAUGGCUAUGUGGGCAACGGCAUGCAGUGUGAGGACGUUAACGAGUGCCUGACCAACAACGGAGGCUGCCACCGCAACGCCAUGUGCAGCAACACGCCAGGAGGACGCACAUGCCGCUGCAUGGAUGGCUUCAGAGGGAACGGGUUCGAGUGCCAGGACGAGGAUGAGUGUGUCAAGUCACGAAUAUGCCACUGGAACGCCACCUGCACCAACAAUCCCGGCUCUUACCUGUGUACGUGCAAUACAGGCUACAAAGGCAAUGGUAACUACCUCUGUCUGGACAUUGACGAAUGCUCAGAGACCCCCGGAGUUUGCUCCCCCUCCUUUGGUUACAGAGGGUGCAGGAACGCACCAGGGACUUACACCUGCCUCUGCAGCCCAGGUUACCAGAGCAAUGGACAGGCAUGCAAUGACAUCAACGAGUGUUCCAGCAACAUCUGCAGCGUGUUCUCCUCCUGCGUCAAUCUGCCGGGCUCUUUCCGUUGCUCCUGCCUACAGGGCUUUGCCGGUAACGGGGUGACCUGCAUGGAUAUAAAUGAGUGCAUGGGAUCAAACUCCUGCGACCGCAACGCCAACUGCAUCAACGUGCUGGGCAGCUAUGAGUGCUCCUGUCGCCCUGGCUUUGCGGGGGAUGGACGCCAGUGUACCGACAUCAAUGAAUGCGCUACGCCCAACACCUGCCCCACCAGUGCCACCUGCGUCAACACAGGCGGCUCCUUUAACUGUGACUGUGGCUCCGGCUUCAUUUUUAAUGGCUCCAGGUGCCAGGAUCUCGAUGAGUGUACUCUGGGCCGGUGCAGUCCCUACGCCACCUGUUCCAACGUCCCUGGGUCCUUCUCCUGUGUCUGUCAGCCAGGCUAUGAGGGAAACGGUGUCUCCUGCAGGGACGUGGACGAGUGCACGCAGGCCACGCCGUGCCACUCCAAUGCCCUCUGCGCUAAUAUGCCCGGCUCAUACAGGUGUAGCUGCCAGGCUGGUUACACUGGUGACGGCAUGGCAUCAUGUGAGGACAUCAAUGAAUGCCUGGUGGACAACGGGGGCUGCCGAAACAAAGGCACCUGUGUCAACAACAAGGGAUCCUUCUCCUGCCUGUGCUCUCUGGGGUUUCGCCUGGUCAAUCAGACCAUGUGCCAAGAUGUGGACGAGUGCCAGGAGCUGCAGGCACCGUGCCAGGCCAACGAGCGCUGCACCAACACCGAGGGGUCCUACCAGUGCCCCUGCCAGGUGGGCUUCACCCGUUCCACCACCAACGCCCCCUGCUUGGAUGUCAACGAGUGCAUUAUCGCCAAGCCGUGCCAUGCUAACGCCACCUGCCUCAACACCCCUGGCUCCUUCACCUGCUCCUGCAAGCGCGGUUUCAUGGGCAAUGGCACACAGUGCGAUGACGUGGACGAGUGUGCCACAGGGGGCACCUGUCACCCCCGGGCUGUCUGCUCCAACUCUCCUGGGGACUUCACCUGCCACUGUCUGCAGGGCUACAAGGGCGACGGCUCCUUGUGCCUCGACAUUGACGAGUGUGCCGUCUCCAACCACAGCUGCCCUCCCGAAGCCGUGUGCAUCAACUCGCCUGGCACUCAUGUGUGUUCCUGUCUGAAUGGCACGGUGGCAUACAACAACACCUGCCUGCUCCCCAGUACCAGUUGCAUCCCGGCCUGUCCACCCUACGGCCUUUGCCACCACUCACCCUCCGGGUACCAAUGCAUCUGCGAUGUGGGUUUCGAAGGGGAUGGACUUGCCUGCACCGAUGUCAAUGAGUGCCAGGGAGAUGUCUGUCCAGACAACAGGACAGACUGUGUGAACAUCCCCGGCUCCUAUGUCUGUGUCUGCAAACCCGGGUUCGAGCAGGAUGGGGAAAUCUGUGUCGAUGUGGAUGAGUGUGAAUCGCAACAGCAGGCCUGCAGCAAGUUCGCCCGGUGCAUCAACACGAUGGGCAGCCACCUCUGCUUCUGCUUCAGUGGCUUCACGGGGGACGGCUACAACUGCUCUGACAUUGAUGAGUGCCAAACGCAAAAUGGAGGAUGCCACCCGGCCGCCAGCUGCUCUAAUCUGGUCGGCUCCUUCACCUGCACCUGCCCUUUAGGCACCGUCGGCUCCGGCUUUGAGUGCCAGGAUGUGGACGAGUGCGCAGAGAAUUCCACUCUUCCCCACAGCUGCGACCGACACGCGCAGUGCCUCAACACGCAGGGAUCGCAUCACUGUCGGUGUCUUGACGGCUACCAGGGCAGUGGGGUCGUCUGCGAGGAUGUGGAUGAGUGUUUGAUGCCCGGCUCCUGUGCACAAAACCUAACAUGCGAGAAUUCACCUGGGGCCUACUCAUGCAUCUGCAGCUUGGGCCUCGCCUACGUGCGGGGCACCUGUGUGAGUGAGGAGGACUGCAGAAACGCCAGGAGUGUCUGUCACCUCAUGGCCCAAUGUACCUCCCAUCUAGGUUCACACUACUGCCGUUGCAAUGAAGGAUUUGCCGGGAAUGGAACACACUGUUCGGACCUCGAUGAGUGCAAACUAGGGGAGGUUCAGUGCCCCAAAUUUGCCCACUGCCUUAACAUGGAAGGUUCCUUCUACUGCAAGUGCUGGGAUGGUUACCUGGACAACGGAACACACUGUGAGGAUAUAGACGAAUGCUGGAUUGGUAACUUCACCUGUCCCGACAACAGUACUUGUGUCAACAUCGACGGGAGCUACCAAUGCCCUUGUGACCCAGGGUUUGAGGCCAAAGGCUUUCUGUGCGAGGAAGUGGAUGAAUGCGCCCGAGGACUGGCAUCAUGCCCCAAUGCAUCUUACUGCCAGAAUGUGGUCGGAUCCUUCCUCUGCAGCUGCCGUGAGGGGUAUAGCGGGAACGGCUGGGACUGCAAGGACAUCAAUGAGUGUCUGGACAGCUUCACGUGUCCAGAAAAUACCAUGUGCCGCAACACCGAGGGUGGCUACCUCUGCCCCUGUAACCUGGGAUUCUCCUCCAAUGGCUCUCUCUGUGAGGAUAUAGACGAGUGCUCCACCCCAGAGCAAGACUGGCUAUGCACUAAUGGCACUUGCGUCAACACCCCCGGAUCAUUCCUCUGUCUUUGUGAGGAGGGCUUCCACAGCGCUAACACUGGCUGUCAGGAUGUGGAUGAAUGUGCUGACAGUCCUGCAGUCUGCGGCCCCCAUUCCAGCUGUCUCAACACCAUCGGCUUCUAUGAGUGCCCCUGUGACAAGGGCUUUGAGUCUAAUGCUACAGAGUGCACCGAUAUAGAUGAGUGUGCCAAGCAGGAAAACCUUUGCCCCGCCCAUGCGGAGUGUGUGAACACGGACGGGCACUUCCUGUGCUCUUGCGUGGCAGGUUACGAGCCACAGGGGGACGGCUGCGGCCUCAUUGACUGGUGCGUCUCUGGCGCCAACUGCCGCCCUGAUCAAGAAUGUAUCAGCAAACUGGGGGGGUUUAUCUGCUCUUGCAGUGAGGGGUACCAGGAGAAGGCAGGGGCUUGCGUUGACAUUGACGAGUGCACGACCAGAAAAGGGGCAUGCCACCAUCUUGCCAGCUGUCAGAACACAAUAGGCUCUUUCUCAUGCCACUGCCCCUUGGGAUACUCUUUGAAUGGCACAUGGUGUGAGGACGUAGACGAGUGUGCCGCUCAUCAAUCCCCCUGCCACCGGACAGCUCGCUGCAUCAACACACCAGGCUCAUUCUGGUGUCCGUGUGCUCCGGGGUUCCUGAGCAUCGGUCCGCUAUGUGUGGACCUGGAUGAGUGCCAGCUGGACCAGGGCACCUGCCACUCAGCCGCCACCUGCUCCAACACCGUGGGGUCAUUCCUCUGCCGCUGCCCCAACGGCUGGAGCCCCAUCAAAGAGCAGGGGCGUGGACCACGAGGCUGUGUUGACAGGGAUGAGUGCCUGUCCCCUUCAGCCUGCCCCCCCCACACCACAUGCCAAAACUUACCAGGAUCCUUCAGCUGCACCUGCCCACCCAGCAACACCCUCUGCCAAAAGGAGAGCAAGCUGUCCCCCUUUGGACAAGAGGUGGGGGACAACACAGUCAAGGCCACAGGGCCCGACACCAACUCUCCCUACAUCAUGCACCCUGCGGGAUUCCCUUUCCUGGGAAAGUCAUACAACAGAGUCUAUGUAAGCUUCCUCUGGCCAUCAUCAGGUUGGGCUAGUAUAGGGGGGCCUCCAUGA